AUAAACCUAUAACUGCAUCUUUUCUACACUCAUAUCUUAGCCAUUCUAGUACUCAUCGAAGAACAUGGAAGAGAUCGGCAUUGACCUCAAAAUGGAGGACCCCUCCCUCCCAGCUCAAAUCUCGGAGAAGCAAAAUCUCCUCAACUCUCUGCCUAGUGGCAGUGAAGAACUCUACAGUACUUGGAAGAGGCUUGAAGCCCAUCGAGAGUUUUUACAGCUCCAAGAGGAGUACAUCCGUGACGAGACCCAGAACCUGAGAAGAGAACUUCUGAGGGCACAGGAAGAAGUCAAGCGAAUUCAAUCUGUUCCAUUGGUCAUUGGCCAAUUCCUCGAACCCGUUGAUGAACGACGAGCCAUUGUUGGAAGUACAACUGGCUCCAAUUAUGUUGUCCGAAUCCUUUCCACUCUGGAUCGUGAACUUCUCAAACCAUCUUCUUCUGUGGCUCUUCACCGCCACUCAAAUGCUCUGGUAGAUAUUCUCCCACCAGAAGCAGAUUCAUCUAUUGCGAUGUUGGGAGCGGAUGAAAAGCCGGACGUGAAGUACUCGGACAUUGGUGGCCUGGAUUCACAAAAGCAGGAAAUCAGGGAGGCGGUCGAGUUGCCACUUGUACAACAAGACCUGUACAGGAAGAUCGGAAUAGAUCCACCUAGAGGCGUGCUGCUCUAUGGUCCUCCAGGUACUGGUAAGACUAUGCUUGUUAAGGCUGUUGCCAACGCAACCAAGGCCGCAUUCAUUCGUGUCGUUGGCUCCGAAUUUGUGCAGAAGUAUUUGGGUGAAGGUCCUCGUAUGGUCCGAGACGUUUUCCGAUUGGCCCGAGAAAACUCCCCAUGUAUCAUCUUUAUCGAUGAAGUUGACGCCAUUGCCACAAAGCGUUUCGAUGCUCAAACCGGUUCGGACCGUGAAGUGCAGCGUAUCUUGAUCGAGCUACUUACCCAAAUGGACGGGUUCGACCAACAAACCAACGUCAAGGUCAUUAUGGCCACCAACCGAGCGGAUACUCUUGACCCUGCGUUGCUUCGUCCUGGUCGUUUGGACAGGAAGAUUGAGAUGCCCAAUCCCUCUAGACGUGAGAGGCGCUUGAUUUUCCAGACCGUCACUUCUAAAAUGAAUCUGGGUCCCGACGUCGACCUUGAGGAUUACGUGUCCCGACCGGACCUGCUCAGUUCUGCUCAAAUUGCCUCCAUCUGUCAAGCCGCCGGUCUCCAAGCUGUGCGAAAGAACCGAUAUGUCAUUUUGCCAAUUGAUUUUGAGGAAGCCUGGAAGUCUGUUGUCAAGCGUAACGACGAGACUCACGAGUUUUAUCGGUAAUUACUUUUUCGAUACUUUCGAUACUGUACAACUUUACAUCGUAUGCAUUAGCAAUGAAUGCCAAACCCUUUCAUAGGUAUAUGCUGCCUCUUCUCUUCUGUUUCCAUUAUUUCUUGCUUAGUGGCCUACAUUUCGUCUUCACCCAUAUGUGGUGUAGGGGAUCGGUGUCACUCGAGCAUAGACCGAUGCUUCUUUGAAGCUUCCGACGUUCAUUUGCUAUCUUUCCGAGGCGCAAGCCACUUCCACGGGAACGAUACUUCACAGGCGCCGGAUAUCAUUUUAUCUCGGGAACUGUACAAGAUCUCGACACCAAGGCAGGGCAGUCAGUUGGCGUAAGGCGAGUGGGUGUUUUGCCGUGUUGUCGAGCUGUUGUUUCAUCCUUUCACAUAUUCCAAAGGUGCUUAACACUCUGCGAGCGAUGAUUACCAAAAUCGUCUUGCUAUUUUAGGAACACCGAGAUUGUUGCUGGCGGCCUCCAAAUGCUCAGGAGUGUCUUGCCCCCAUUGUUACUCACCGGCGCGGAAAACUGAAGUAGCUGGUCUAUGCAGUGGGUACAUAUUAUUCUGUAAUGACGUACUUCCAUGUAUUUUUUUUUUCUUGCGAGAGCUUUGCUGGUUAUAUGCAAGUUAUCAUUUUAUACUUGAACGGUG